UAAACACAAACACAUGCUCUUCGUUGUAGCUUCCUUGGGUUAAAACUUUUCUCCUGCUUUAGAAGUCAAAGCUCCAAAAAAAGAAAAAAGAAACCGAGCAGAAAUGGAGAAUCUACCUCCUGGUUAUCGUCCCAAUGUUGGUGUUUGUCUAAUCAAUUCUGAUAAUCUGGUAUUUGUGGCUUCAAGAUUGAAUGUUCCUGGAGCAUGGCAGAUGCCACAGGGCGGCAUUGAGGAUGGAGAGGAUCCACAGUCAGCAGCCAUGAGAGAGUUACAAGAAGAAACUGGGGUAGUUUCAGCUGCAACCAUCGCUGAGGUUCCAAAUUGGUUGACAUAUGAUUUCCCACCGGCAGUAAAAGCAAAGGUUAACCGUCUGUGGGGCGGUGAAUGGUAUGGUCAGGCGCAGAAAUGGUUUCUAGUGAGACUGAUGAACGAUGAGGACGAAAGAGAGAUCAAUCUAGCGAACAAUGAAGCAGAUUCAGAGUUUUCAGGGUGGAAAUGGGCGAAACCUGAAGAAGUGAUAGAGCAAGCAGUUGAUUACAAAAGGCCAACAUACGAACAAGUCAUCAAGUCUUUUGGUUCUUACUUGAACGAUACAGGAAGAGCUGCUAAGUGUAAAUCAUCCAAGUGGUGAAAACCUCAAAUCAAUGUUUAUCUUUUCCUUUUCUUUUUGUGCUCAUUUUUGUAAAUUGGUCAUUGGUAGUUUAGUACUAGAAGGUCUUGGUUUAAAUGUGGGGUUAUAUUGUAAUAAAGUCUUUGUUUGGAUUCAAACAUGAAUGAGUUGUAUGUGUUUAUUAACGUAAGUGUCAAGAAAAGAACAUUUAUAACAGAAUGCGUUGUGUGUGUGUUCAUAGCAAAAGGUAAUGAAAAUUCAAAGGAUAAAAAUAAAAAUGUGUGAGAUAGAUUAACAAAGGAAACAUUAUGAGUUUCAAAGCCAUAUUCCAAACACACAACAAAAGGGGCAACAAACGUUAACAAAACCCAAACAACUUAGACAAAUUCUUACGAACUAAUUAAGCUCGAGAGAAGGUAAAUAAAGAG